AUGCUGUCACGAGCUGCGCGCCCGGCUCUCAAGGCCGGCAUGGCCGCCGCCGUCGCCCGGCCCGCCGUCCUUACCACCACCAAUGCCGCCGGCUAUGCCACCCUUCGUGAAAUUGAGGGCCGUCUCAAGUCGAUCCGCAACAUCGAGAAGAUUACCAAGACCAUGAAGGUCGUCGCCUCCACCAAGCUUACCCGCGCCCAAAGGGCCAUGUUUGAGUCCCGCAAGUACGGUCAGACCUCCAACGAGGUUUUCGAGAGUGCCGAGACCAAGCCAAUUGAGAGCGAGGGCAAGAAGAACCUCAUCAUUGUCUGCAGCUCGGACAAGGGUCUCUGCGGUGGUAUUCACUCUGGAAUGUCGAGGAAGGUCAGGAGAAUGCUUGCCGAGACCCCGGAUGCGGACUUGGCCGUCAUUGGCGAGAAGUGCAAGGCGCAGUUGGGUCGUUCCAAUGGAAAGAACAUGGUUCUUUCUUUCGCUGGCGCCGGAAAGGACGUGCCUACCUUUGCCGACUCUCUGUGCAUUGCCGACCAGAUUUCCCUGCUGCCCACCGACUACGCCUCCGUCAAGAUUGUCUACAACAAGUUCAUCAACGCCUCGAGCUACGAGCCCAUCAUCCAGGAAGCUUACUCUGAGGAGGCUAUUGCUCAGUCUGCCAACUUUUCCGCUUUCGAGAUUGAGGACGAGGUUCUCCCCAACCUCCGCGAGUACGCUCUUGCCAACUCGCUCUACUGGGCGCUGGCGGAGGGCCACGCUUGCGAGCAGUCGGCGCGUCAAAACGCCAUGGACAACGCCUCCAAGAACGCUGGCGAGAUGAUUAACAAGUUUCAGAUUCUGUACAACCGAACACGUCAAGCCGUCAUUACUGGCGAACUUGUCGAGAUCAUUACUGGUGCGGCCGCUUCGGAGGGUUAA